AUGCCGCUGACUGACCCCGGUACGAAUGGACUGCACCUCAUUAGCGCGUUGCGGGUUGCACCCGUGCCUGUUUGGCUCCAGCUGUGUGUGCUGUCAUUUGCAGCGUACCACACGCUGGUGUUGCUCGGGAUGUUGCUGACGGGGCGCGGCUGCUCGACCUUACGGUACCGACGGGUGUUUCAGUUUUGGAUCGUUUACGGCUUCAGUAAGUUGUGCACCGGAGCAAUUCGUGAGCUCUUUCGAAUCUUGUGGCUCGUGACGACCUGGGGCUCGAACACCGCUCACUUGUCGGGAAGUGACCUGCUCGUUCGUCGCCUGGUCCGAGCGCAUUCCUGGCUCGAAGCGCUUAUUCUGAUGUUUCUCGUUUUCCCGCUGCACCGCGGGUUAGCAGAUACAUUGGCACCUUUGCUCUUUUUUGGCGGCACUUACCAAGUUGAACCCGCGCGUCGAGCGAACAGUGGAGCGGAAACACGCGCAUCGCCGCUUUCCGCGCAUACGUCCGCAACGAACAGCCCCGGUGCACGGUCGCAUAGCGUUGGCAACGUUGAAGGAACCUCCUUUCGAAAUCGAAGCUGGUUUCCGCGUGCAAGUCGCCUUCGUCACCGAUCGGGGUACUGGGCGUCAGCCGCAUCGCCGCUCUUCGAGUGCGCGGCCUUGGUGUACCAAAACUUGUUACUACCAAACCUGGAAACCUGGGAACCAGAAAUAGACCUUUUUCUAGGGCGUGUGCAGGCACAGCUACGCCAGUCACGGCUUGCGUUCAAAGAGUUGCUCUGUUUCGCUUUGGCGUGGAUGCUCGCCCGUAGCGGCAACGCAGCAGAGGCCGCCAUGCUCGGGAACGCUGCCCUGCACGGAGCCCAGAUCGGCCUUGCGGAGCGGCUAGCGCGCGUUCGCCGUGUCGCUGCUGCGUGGCUCGAACGGGAUCACCAUCUCGAGGCGCUGUAUCGAGGUGAAUAUCGAGAUCGACGCGGACACGUGUACGCACGGCAUGCCGUUGAAGGGAUGCAUGUCACCGGUGCCGCUGCUGCUGCUGCUGCUGCUGAUGGUACUGAUGCUGCUGCUGUGCGUGAGCGGUGCACGCAUGCUGAUACGCGGGAAGUGCACGGAGGCGAUGCCCGCUCGAGGCAGCGCUUGUCGUCUGCUGAGCGCGCUACACGGGUUCAUGCUGGGGACUCCGAGGCGAAUGUCCGUGAUGGAGCCAUAUAUCGGGGAACUUCGAAGCAAUGGACACCUGGUUCACCGGCUGGAGCGUCUGGUCGCGUUGUUGAGCGUUUCGAACUUGGCAAGGAGCCCGACAGCGAUCAUGUGUUGGACACUGAGCCAGAGCACGCACAGUCAAGUGCAGUUGUUGACGCACGUUCCAGAGCGGUGCAUGUUAUGUCUGUGACGGAAUUAGAAUCCAUGAAAGAAGCUCGGUUUCCUCGUUUGCUUGCACCGAAAAUGGAACCAGAGCGAUUUCCAUAUGCGUGGUGCUCCGCAGACGAAGCAGCCAUCAGGCAAAUGUACGCAGCGGAUGAGAUCGUGCGCAUGCCGCGCUCGUGCCGAUACGGAGCCGCUCUGGGGCCGUCAUCAUCGGUACUGCUGCCGUCGCAGGCACCACGGUCGGCGGUGGGGGUUCAGCGCUCGCGUGCGAGCGGCUGGUGGCAGACCCUCGUCACCGCAUUCCAUGCGGGUGUCCGCAACUCCACAACGCACACGAAUCGUGAUGAUGAUGAUGAUGGUGAUGACGGUGCUUGUGCAUUCGCGGGUCAGGUGGAUGACGGGACGCAGUGUCCACCACCGGCCUCGAAAGCGGGUGAAGCGGGCGCGCCGGCAUUACGAGGUCUUUCUGAGACUGAUUUUGGCCAAAUCAGCUCAGAAGGAGCUCAUCCAAAUGCAGCGCUCCAUGGCUCCAUGCUUCUACACAGACCAGGGGCGUACAAAGCGACUUUCCUCAAUGAGUCCAGAUCCUGUUAUCUGCAAUCUCGGACGCGAACGUAUGAACGCAUCCGAGCGCUGCGGAGACAGCUGCAAAUGCAGCGUCAGCAGCGAACAGCUGAUGCCAUCAGCACCUAG